AUGUUGAAAGGUGUAUUUUUCUUAGCCUAUGUGAUUAUUGCCUUCAAUACCAUUGGCUGUCAGGGGGAUGUCCGUAAAACUUUUAAUAUAAGCCAACUAAGUUCCUCGGAUCCGCCGCGAUACCAUGCUUUAAGAUUGUUCAACAAUGAUCAUCCAAACCGUUUAAGGCCUGCGCUGAAAAAAUGUCCAUUGGCAAAUAUGCUUUUUCCGGUGAAGAUAUUCUCAACCGAAGAACCAUACUUUUGUCCGGCCGUUUUCAUAAGCUCUGACUCGCUGUUGGCUUCUGCACUGUGCCUCAAAAUGAUGCAACCAUCCGAUGAUCAUCCUUCGAAUCAUAUGUUCGUGAUGGUGGAGGCAGAGCACGUCUUCUAUUACGAAGGUGGUCGCCGAUAUAUAAACAAAAUUUUCUAUCAUCCCAAGCUGGAUGAGGAACCGGCGUACCACAACGUAGCAAUUGUAAAACUGCGCAAUCCAAUUCGCGAAACUGUGACGCCAAACGGACAGAGCAUCGUGGCAUGUUUGUGGUCUGAAAUGAGCCUCCGCAGUGACAAAGUAUAUCUUGGCGAGUGGUUUAAAUAUCAACCGGAACAAAAUGCAGCUUUCCGUUGGCUCGAUCUUCCCGUCAUAACGAGGAAAGAAUGCCGAGAGGAGCUUUCAAAAAACAAAGCGGUUGUACCGGAAUUUGAUCGUGGAAUAAUUGAAUCCCAACUGUGUGUAAAGGAUAAGAAAAAUCGAACUAUGAUUGAGUUUUGUGAAGCACGCUCCUCAGGCCCAUUGUUUAUGACACUCGGCAGCACGGUGUACGUGGUCGGGAUGCCAACAGUACAUAUCGAUGACUGCAAUGUACACGUAGAGGUGUUUAAUCGGGUGUCAUCAUUUCUAGACUGGAUCGAGGCUAUUGUGUGGCCUCAUUUGGAAAUUCCUUAA